GAGCUGCUCUUCCUCCUGCUACCGGAGAGCUUCAUGCUGGAUUUAACUUCCACCAAGUCAACACUUUAAACCUGGAUUGUGUUUCCUUUUAUGCACCUUUGUCUGCACAAACGCUCCACGGUCGAAGGCAGUGGAAAUGCUGCUCCUUGCGUUACCACGCCUGAGGUUCUGCCGCAGGGAUGACUUCCGCUUGUCAUCUUUACUCAAGGAAGGCCAACCACUUUACAUCAUGGUUUCCUGAGCCGGUUUUCUGCCAACACUUCACAGAGAUUAUUACCACUCUGGGCCAUGACUGAGCUGCUUCCCAACACCAGCACUCCCGUGGGCACCGCAGCUCUCCUGGUGACCUCUGACUGUCCGUUUAACCUGACUGCGGCUGCGCAGACGGGACAUGGCUCACUUCCACCCCUCUGCACCCUCUGCUGCUGUGGGAUGCUCAACCGCACCCUCGCCGUGGCGUUCAUGGUCAGCCUGGCGUUUGCUAUUGUGGUUGGAAAUGUGGUUACUCUGACAGUCUUUGUGCAAACUAGGCAGUCGAGAACACCACAAGGGUACUUGAAAGUGUCCCUGGCCAUAGCAGACAUGAUGGUGGGUGUUGUCGUGGUUCCUUUCUCUGUUUUCACUGAAAUCUCUCUGAUGGUGACCAGCGCUCCUCCCUUGUGGUACCAGGGUGGUACAUCGGCAUCCUUCAGCGACAUGGAGAGCCCCUGGCAGCCCUGCAUGCUGAUUGGUCCCGUGUUUGCGGGAUGCACCUUUGUCUCCAUCAGCACCAUCUUCCUGAUGACCCUGGAGCGCAGCGUGGCCAUCCUGUGGCCGCUCCACAAAGACGUGCUGGUGACCAGAAGACGAACGCUGCUCCUCAUCCUGCUGUCCUGGGCAGCCAGCUUCCUGUUGGCUCUCGCCCCUCUCAUCUUCAGCAGCAACUUCACUUUGGAGUACAAUGACUGCAGUCGCAUGUGUAACUACGCCCCAUUGUUGUUUGGAGGCCGGCUCCCGCCUGACGCCAACAUUUUGCUGCUGUUCCCAGCAUUCGACUUCACACUUCUGGGUGGCACAUUAGCAGUUAAUAUUGUGUCCUUCACAAGCAUCCGCCGAUACACCCAAAAACGCAAACUGCUCUCAGAGGGGAGUCUGAGUGACGGAGGGGGAGGAGGAGGAUGCUCCCACAGACCAUCAUUCUCAGACAUUAAGGCUGCAAAGACAAUCGGCAUACUGACAUUUGCCUUCACAGCAUCCUUCUCUCCCAUCGCGGUGUUUGUGCUCGGAAAUGUGGUGGGAUACACGUGGUGCAACUUUUCUUUUCUCGCCUUCUGGAUUCUGACAGGAAACAGCUGCUGUAAUGUCAUCAUCUACAGUGUGAGGGACCACCGCUUCAGGAAGGGUGUGACCCUGCUUUUUCAAAGAGAGCAGUCCCCUCCCCACGGUGAGAAGACCUGAGGACCAUGUUCAUUUCUUUUGUUUUCGCAAGCACAGUUUUUGUGGCUUUGGUCCAAAAUAUUAAAUGAUUGCAAUCAUUUUGUCCAAAUGAGGAUCACUGUGCAGUGUCGAGGCUUUGCAGAAGGGAGAAAAUGUGGAAACAGUCCAUGCUUUCUCCAGAUCUGCUGUGGUCUGGGCAGUCAUGCAGGUUGGGAGCUUUUACCACGAAGACGCGGUUUCAAGUCCAGUCGCAAACAAAUCCAGGUGAAUCAACCACAGGGCAAUUUUUUUUAGAGUUGCAUGAAUGUUUCAAGUUGCAGUAACACUUACUCCGCUGAGAAUGUAGUAAAAUUGAGGAGAUCAUAAUUUUCAGUUGCAAGUCAGAGUCGAAGGUGCCAUGAUUUUAACUUUCAGACACAUUCAAAGAUUGUAAGAAUGCCGUUCUUGGUUUUACCAUACAGAGACAAAGAGUGGUGAAGUUCAUCAUUAUAAAUUGAUAUUAUUUCAGAGGAAAUGACAGAUCUCUUCCUCUGAUUAAGAUAUCAGUCUAUUCAUAAACUAAAGGUGAAUCACUGUAAGGUCACAAUCAGGGUGAAAAUAUCCAAAACUGCAGUUCGCUGAUUGACCACUGGAUGCCAGCUUUGAAAGUAGAAGGAAAAAAUAUUUGCAGUGAUAUUUUGUUUUUCUUUUGCACUGCCUUGCAAAGACAUUACUAUACUUUGAAGUGUUCCAUGUUUUGUCAUACUACAACCUGAACACCAACAUAAUUCUGUUUUCAUCAACCUUUUUGACAAAAGUCAAUCUAAAUAAUGUGCUCCUGUCUUUAUUUUAAAACUCCUAAAUACAAUCAAGCACAACCAGCUGCCAUCAGAAGUCGCCUAAUUGUUAAAUACAGUCAAUCUGUGCAUUUUUAAUAUCUGUUUAAAACCAGGACUGCAUCCAUGAAAACUGGACUGGGUUAAUUAUAGAACUGAAUUGAUUUAAAAUGUAUUUGUUAGGUAUUGAUCUAACAGGCAAAUCCUUGCUGUUACUUCUGCCUAAUAGAAAUACAUGAUAUCCAAUGAUUUUUAGACUGACUGACUCAUUCUGCCUACUUUUAAAUUUUAGUCAUCAUGGUUCUUUGAAAAACUUAUGAAGUCACUCUUGCUCUUUAUGUGGCUUUUAGUGAGCUGUCUGUAAGGGAUCCCUGAACAAGUCAAUUUUACUAAUUUACUUUAGACUGAUUAUGCUAAGACUGGACACUUCUGUUUUCAUUCUGGAAGCAGCUAAAAGCAAGAGUGAUUUAUUUUGGUGUUUUUCUGGGCUGGAGUGAGUCUAUUUUGAGUGAAGCAGGUCGGGUAUCUUGGUAUCAGGUCUUAGUGAGAAGGAGCAGGAGAUGGUUUGACACAUCAGAGCUUCAUCUGCAGUAAGCUUGGCUUUCCUCCAGUCUGUUGUUUUGAACAGCUGAACCAAAAGGCUAACCUCACUUUUUGGUAUGUCUGCAUUCAAGACAUCACCUGUAGUCAUGAGAUGUGGAUUGGAAAAUAAUAAGGAGCCUGACACAUGUGGCUGAAAUGAAUUUCAUCAAGUUGAAGGCAUGGCUCCACCCUAAACAUAAGGAGAGGAACUUCAUUAAACUGAAAAAGAAAUGCUGCUCCUCUUCAUCAACAAGAGCCAUCGAGCUCUGCAGAGGAUAGGGAGAAAAACGGUUUUGUUCCCGUCCUGGAUCUGUUAUUUCUGUGAUCCAGCUACUAAGGCAGCUGGCCAGGAUACUCAUCUGUCAUUUCGCUCUAUGGUAAUUUUCAUUUUUAUUUUUUGUACAAAGAUUUCAUACAAAAUUAUUUCUCUAGAUAAUAACAUAGUUAGACUCUCUGAGAUUUUUCCAUUUUGUAUGAAUUUUUACUUCCAGUUUGCUAACAUGCUUCACUAUAAAGAGUGAUAACUUAGCGCUGUUGCCUCCCAGAAAGGAGGAGGAGGGGCCACCAGAGUUUCUGUGUGGACUUUGUAUUUCCUGAUACAUGCAUGAAUAGAUUCUCUUCAUCCUACCACCGACAUGUUAUGUUAAGUGGACAAUCUAACUUACUCCUAGGAGUGAAUGUGUGUGUGUGCGCGUGUGUGUGUGUGUGUGCAUGGUUGUUUCUGCAGGGAGUACCUCGCCUCGAGCAAAUUGGCCACUAGAGACAUGCAAGAACCCCCAUAUAGCCCUGCAUAAUAUCAGAGGAUUUAGAGAGUGGAAGGAUGGAUGGCAUAUGGGUGUGAAAUGGGGGUACCAAAUGAUGAGGGGGCACUAUGCUGGAUAAGUGGACAAAAAUGGAAAAUGAAAAUCUGUUUCAACUUCUUAUCCAUCUUUGUGCUUAUCAAACCAUUUCCUGGCUUUACUCUCAUGUUUACAGUAAAAGAAAAAUGUUUCAUUCUUCUGCAAACAGGUUCUGAAGUUUCUCAGCAACUAAAAUCAACAGCAAAAGUAAAAUUAUGCAUAUUUGACCACUGGACAGCUGAAAGGUUUAAACUAAGCACAAAUACUGUAGAUCACAAGCAGGCAGGUCCAUGUCCUGAAUAAAAUUAAUGUACUUACAGAUUUACUACCACAAACACAAAGAAGUUCUUGGUUCAAGAACCAGAAUCUUGGUUCAAGAACUUGUUUGUGUUUUUUCCACCUCUCAGCCUUUUCUCUGAUUUGAGAAAUUAACCUUGUAUUUAUUUUUGCUUGUGUGUGGACAUUAUGCGACUGGCUCUCAGUUAAAGUUCAUGUUUAGAAAUGUUAAUUUGACCCUGGUACGAUAAUUUAAUUUUACUUUUGCAAUAAUCUGCCUCAGAAGUGCACUUUAUGAGCUCCUACGUCAGCCAUUAGCAUUGUGCCAUGAGUUAGCAUCAUGCCAAUCAGGUUUUAUUUACAUUUUUUAUAUUAUUAAACCUUGUUUUUAUUGGCAUAAUAAAAGAUUAUCUGUAUAUUUGUGACUAUCUGAAUGGGCUACAUCACAGAUGUGUAGAGUAAGAGAUUAUAAUCGGAGCAGACCCUCGUACUGUGCAGCUUGUCUCUUCAGGGUAAGAUGUAUCUGUAACAUUAAGCAAUGUGUAUGAUGUCUUGUUUGUUGCUGUAUUGUAGAGUCUGACUAUAUGAUAAAAGGUAUAAAUGAGCUCAACGAGCAAUCUGAAGAAUAAAAUUGUCUUAUUAAA